AUGCGCUUCACGGCCCUCCUCACCGCCAUGACGGCCGUUGCGACCAGCGUGGUCAGCGCAGCGCCAGCGACCGGAGCUGCUGCGGCCUGCUCUGACCUGCUCGCCUCGCUCCCCAAAUCUGUCCUCAUCCAGACCUCUCCAACCUACACCCCGGCGCAAAAUGGUGGCUUCAACCCGCUCAACAACAAGCUCUCGCCUUCGUGCAUCGUCCAGCCAACGUCGGCUUCCGACGUCGCCACCGCCAUGCGAGCCGUUUUCAAGCACAAGGCGAACUACGCCGUUCGCAGCGGUGGUCACACGGGCAUGGGUGGGUGGGACAGCACCGACGGCGGUGUGCUGUUGGACUUUUCGCUCAUGCGCGAUUUCUCCUACUCCUCCUCGGCUGGAACGGUCACUGUUGGACCCGGACUCCGGUGGGGUGAGGUGUACAACAUGUCGGAGGCAUACGGCGUGGCUCCCCUGGGUGGCCGGGUGUACCACGUCGGCACGGGUUUGGUGCUCGGUGGUGGACUGAGCCUGUUGAGUCCCCAGUAUGGGUAUGCGUGCGAUGGUCUCGUUAGCGCCGACAUCGUUACGGUCGAUGGACGCAUUCGAACCGUUAACGCUCAGACGGACCCUCAGCUGUUGAGGGCUAUCAAGGGCGGUGGCGGUCGAUUCGGUGUCGUCACCAAAUACGAACUUCGCGCCUUCCCAACCGGUCGAAACAGCGAUAAGAACUGGUACGGUGGAAGCAUCACCGUUUUAACUCCCACAGGGAUCGAUCAGAUGGUCGAAUACUCGGAAGACUUUGUUGCGACCCCCGAUGAUCCCAAGGCAACACUGCUGUCCAAUGUCGGAAUGCUCAAGCAGGCCGGAGUACCGGUGUACCUCGGUACGACAUUUGCCUUCUACAAAGGUGGCGCCGAGGAUUUCAACCGUGUCUUUGGUCAAUUCCUCGCGAUUCCCGGUGCGAUUGUGGAUGUCAAACCCAUCUCGUACCUCGAAGCGACGCAGGUGACGCCGUUGGGCUGGAAGCCUACUCAGGCGUACAAGUGGAUCGGCGGCUCGCACUACGCUGGUAACAACACCACUCCUCUUCCCCUCCUCCCCACCAUUCCUGUCCUCAACGAACCCACGCCAACCAAGUUCCUCGGCAUCUGGCGCAAUGUUCAAGCGCUUAUCGUCAAGCACGUGGAUGUGCUCGAGAGCGCCUUCUUCUCCAUCACCCCCGUGGGCACCACCCAGAUCGAUCAGGGUUAUGCCGCAGGUGGAAACGCUAUCGCCCCUCCCCAGGGACGGAACUUCAUGCACUACCUCUUCUCCAACAUUUUGGCUGAUGGAACGACGGAUUUCCCUGCCGACUUCGAGGCCGAUCGUCAGCAGUUUAUUAAGGAUAACCCGAGCGACGCUGGCUUGCCCCUGUUCUUGAACGAGGUGGAUGCCACCCAGGAGGCCUUCAAGAGCUAUGGCUGGUACGAUCAGCUCAAGAGGCAGUACAAGAGGUUUGACCCGACUGGGUUCAGUCUGAGGUUCCAGCAGGGCCCUACGUUUUAG